AUGGAAGCUGCCUCGGCGCGGUACGCAGCCAGAGACCGCUUUGGGGGGUUCGGAGAGCCGGCGCAAACUCCCUUACAGAGAUACAUCCAGAAUGCCGUGGACCCGCAGAACUACGAGCCAAACUUAGCCCUCGACCUUGAGAUCUCGGACCUUGUCAAUUCCAAAAAGGGCAACGCGCCUCGAGAAGCUGCAGUAGCAAUCGUCAACUACAUCAAUCACAGAAAUGCCAAUGUGUCAUUACUCGCGCUUGCGCUCCUCGACAUCUGCGUCAAGAACUGCGGCUACCCUUUCCACCUUCAGAUCAGUACCAAGGAAUUUCUUAAUGAGCUCGUCCGACGGUUUCCCGAACGACCGCCCAUACGGCCCUCCCGAGUCCAGCUGAAGAUAUUAGAAGCUAUCGAAGAAUGGAGGCAGACAAUAUGUCAGACCUCACGGUACAAAGAAGACUUGGGGUUUAUACGGGAUAUGCAUCGGUUGUUAAGUUACAAGGGCUACGUUUUUCCUGAAGUGCGGAGAGAGGAUGCUGCGGUCUUAAACCCUAGCGAUAACCUCCAAUCGGCGGAUGAAAUGGAAGAGGAAGAAAAGGCAGCCCAGUCUGCGAAGUUACAGGAGCUGAUUCGAAGAGGAGGACCAGAAGACCUUCAAGAAGCGAACCGGUUAAUGAAGGUCAUGGCAGGCUACGACACGAAACACAAAACAGAUUACAGGGCAAAAGCAGCGGAAGAGGUCGGAAAGAUCCAGCAGAAGGCGAGAUUGCUAGAGGAGAGAUUACAAAACUUCAAAGCUGGCGAUGUAGUGGCAGAGGGAGAUAUCUUCGAGGAGCUCGCAAAUGCCCUUCAAAGCGCUCAGCCUAAAAUUCACAGAAUGUGCGAGGAAGAAUCUGAUGACCAGGAAGCCGUUGCAAAACUAUUCGAGAUAAACGACAGCAUACAUCGGACUAUUGAAAGAUACAAACUCAUCAAGAAAGGCGAUGUUGAUGGAGCUUCCAAAAUUCCUCAAGGCACUCUCGGCACGUCGACUGGCGUCAGCAAAACUGCGACUAACGAGCUCUCCUUAAUCGAUUUUAGCGGUGACCCAGAACCUACUACGAGCGCGAGCGGAAACGUGAACGGUUCUAGCGAACAGAAAGGUGCAUCGUUGCAGGAUGACUUAUUAGGUCUCUCCGUUCAAGAUCAAGACUACGGCCAAGGAGGAGGCAUUGCUCUUGGAUUCGGUGCAAACUCAAACGUACCUGGACCAUCGCUUUUGUCAUCGACCACACAGCACAGCUCCGCCAAGGCUUCUGGGUCGAAUGCCACACCCCAACCACAGCAACCUCCUUUGCCUGCCAAACCUAAUUACGACCCCUUCAAAUUCGUGACAAGCUCUAUCCCCUCGUCGCGAUCGAGUACACCUGCGCCUCCCACUCUUCUCCAAACACAGCAAGCUGCAAAACCUUCACAAUCCUCCGCGGAUCCUUUUGCCGCGUUGUCAUCGGCUGCUUCACGUACAGCAUCCCCACUCCCAAUGUCACAACCAUCUACAAAGCCAGCUCCUCCGCCUUCUGCCUCCUUGUUUGACUUUGCAUCUUCGAAACCUGCAGUAACUCAAAGCCAACCUGCACCAAACUCUCAACAAGCCACGAAUGGUGCAUCAGCCGAUGACGACUGGACUUUUACCUCAGCACUGCCUGACGACGGCUCAGAGCUCCCAGCUCACAACAGUUUGACUGUCUCGAAUACGGCAGUGAAAGUAGAUUUUCGCGUAAAAAGACCCGAAAGCACUGAUUCUGCCAUAUCAAUAAGUGCCUUAUUUUCCAAUAACACACCCAGUCUCAUUACCGAGUAUACCCUUCAAGUUGCCGUAACCAAGGGCUUCAUGCUCAAGCUUACACCCCAGUCUGGGCGUACUUUACAGCCAAAUCAGAAAUACGGGAUUACGCAGCACAUAGUGCUCAACGGUGUGGCGAGAGGGCAAGCAAAUUCUGCAAUUAUACGCUGGAAAGCCUCUUAUAAGGUUGCUGGCGAAUUACGGCAGGAACAAGGAGAGGUGCCCCCUUUGGGUAUUGCUUGA